AUGUCAUUAAUAAUUACGUUAUUAUUAUGUACAAUUUUAUCUGAUAUUAAUAUAAAUUUUAUAGCUGAAACUGAACACAAGAGAAAAGUUAAAGAAGCUCAUUUACAAGCACCAAUUCCUGAUAAAUCAUCAUCAACAUCUUCAAAUGUAAUUCUUACUGAAAGAAGAGCUGAUGUUCAAUUAGUAACUUCACAAAUACAAGGAUUCAAGAAAUUCCGCAAUUAUAAUAUCAGAAAAUUGAGAUGUAAUGAAUGUUAUAAAAGGAAUAACAGCAACAAAAGACAACAUUCCCCAGAUACUGAUGAAGGAAAUAAGAAACCCAAAUUCAACAUACCAGAAGCAGAAGAUCCAAUGGAAGAAAUGGAAUUAAACCCACAAAAACUCAACAAAGGAAAGAAAAAAAUAUAA